CGCCUGGAGGGCCUGACGUGCGACUCAAAAACGUUUGAACGCCUGGCAGAUUUUUCAGGUGGUCCUUCGACUUGCUUGCAUCGCGUGGAAUGUUUAGACCAGAAAAGUCAAAGUUCCAAAUCACAAGAUCCCGCUGAACAUUGCAAGCAGUUUUCUAUCUCACACAUUGACCAUGUUGUGUUGACAGUUGAAAGCAUGGAGUCCACUGUCAAAUUCUACACCCAAGUACUUGGCAUGGAAGAAAUAAUAUUUGGGCAGGGCAGGAAAGCCCUCUCCUUUGGAAAUCAGAAAUUUAAUUUGCAUCAGAGAGGGAAAGAAUUUGAACCAAAAGCUGCAAAUCCGACGCCAGGUUCUAUUGACAUCUGUUUUGUUACUGAUACGCCCAUCUUAAGUGUCAUUGCACACUUGAAGAGUCUUGAAGUGGAGGUAGAGGAAGGACCCGUACAAAGGACUGGUGCUCAAGGGCCAAUCAUGUCUGUCUAUUUUAGGGAUCCAGAUAGGAACCUCAUUGAGGUGUCUAAUUAUAACAUUGAUCUUUAGCUGUAAUAGUAGUAACUUUAUCCUAAGUCAUAAUUCAAUUGAAAAUGCUUUUUUAGCAAUCGAUUCCAAUCAAAGAGUAAGAUUUGAGGGAGUUCGUUCAUUCAUUGAAUAGUGGUACCUGUAACUUAUUAUUUAGUCUAUUGUCAAACUUAAUAUCUAGUAUUUGUAAGAGUGGAGAUUGACUGUAACUGUGAAUUUUCCAUGCUAAUAUACUGGGGCAAGUCUGUUCAGGCAUUUAAAGGCCAAUCACUGCAUCUCUGGCCUCAAGUAACUGGGCAACCAGCAAUUAGUCUGAGAGCCAACAACAAUACUAUUAGAGAUGAAAGAGUUACUCAAAUUAGAAACACUAACUACAUCGCGAUGUCAAGCGUGCAGGCUUCAUAUUGAAAUGUUCAAUACAUACAUGUAAGUUCAAUGUGGAAACACAGAAAUGCAGUGUCUAUGCUACAUAGGUUUGACAGGGGGGAGGGGGUUGUUGAACUGUUAUUUUCAAUCUCGUUAUUAAUUCAUCAAGUUUAAAGAAAUGAAAUCAUGACUGUGGUGUUGUUGGAAUAUCUGGUGUUAAUUAGCAUAGAUUUUUACAAUUUUAUUUCUCCAUUUUCCUCUCAGUUUUAGUUUCGAUUGAGAAGAUAUAUCAAACACUCAAGACCGUGUUUGACCACAUUUCCAAACACCGCGACGUUCGUUAAUAAUACAAGUCAUAUUUUCAACUCUCUUCUCAGUGUUGGGAAAUGCAGUCAAACUUGGUCUUAAAUCAAUAAUGUUUGUUAAAAAUGGUUGAAAGGGUAAAAUGUCUUGUGACCAGUCUGGGCAGAAUCACUUGAUUGCCUUUAACCAAGAUAUUUGAUCCAAUAGAAUUCAUUUACAUAUCACUUUCACAAGGAAACUAAAACACUUUUAAUGAAAUAAAAGAUAUGUCUUAAUUAAUUACACUAUGAUAAAACUCAUGAUUAGAUGUAUUGCUUUUAUGAUAUUUGCAGCUCUCUGGUCUUUCUAUCUUGAAAAUGUUCUGUAAAGCGCAAUAAAAUAGUUAUUAGCA